AUUUCGGUUUCCUGCGAUUCUCACGGUGAAGCUCGAUCGAGGUUCUCCCUGAAACAGAGCAACGGAGGUGAGAAACAGAUGCUCGCAUCUGAGAAGAUUGCCUAAAACCGAGUUGAUUGAAGGUUGUAAACUUCAUAUCUAGGGUUUACCCUCUUUCCAAAUCAGACGAUCGACUCCAAGGUUUGAAGAACUAGAAUCGAAGCUUGAUUUAAGUUUUGAUGUGAUGGAACCAACAGGAGAUUCUAAUAGUAGGUCACGGGACAUUGCUUCAUGGCCUAGCGCCGUUUCUCAUUACAUGUUGGAGUGUAUAUUGAAGCAGUACAAGAGUGGUAAGGGUGGAGAUAAUGGACUGAAAAAGGAGCAGUUCAUUGAAAUUGCUAACCAACUGAAAGAGAAAUUAUUUACUAGUUACGACUGUGAACAAGUGAGAAACCACUUCCGGAUUUGGAAGCAAAGGCUUAGAGCAUUGAGUGACCUACAGAAGCAAAGUGGAUUGGGUUGGAAUGCAUCUGAUAUGAGAUUUGAUGCUCCUCAACACUUCUGGAAUGAUUAUAGGAAAAAAGAACAAAAGUAUUGGAAGGAACAUAGUGUGCUCCCAAUUCACCUUGAAGUUGGAGCUUUACUAAGGAAAAAGAUGGCAACUGGGAAUGAUUCAACAGUCCCCUCUGAAGCUGCCACUGAAGUUAUGAUGGACGUGACAGGUACUCAGGUUAAGGGAAUAGGGAACAAUGAUGGUGUUGACUAUGAACCUAUUGAAGAAGAAGAAAGUGUUCCUUCCACUCCCAUUGGUAGUACCGGCUGUUCUCGAGGAAGACCUCGUGGGUCCGUCAAUAGUGGUAGAGAAAAGAGGAAGAAGGGUGCAGCUGAAAAGGUGGUAAGUCCAUUGAAAUCGAUUGCUAACUCAAUCGAGAAGAUGGUAAUGAGUGAAUCUCAGUCUGAAUUUGGGAGAGCAAUUAUAGAUGUUGUUGAUGCCAUUCCGGACCUCAAUUUUCAACAAAAGUUUAAGGCCAAGGAAUAUUUCAUGGCCAAGAGGAAUUCUGCCAUUAUCUUCUUGGAAACAAGAGUAGAAGAUAGGCGAAAUCUGCUUGAGAUGUACUUGCCAGAGAUUGAGAAGAAUUGAGGUGAUAAAAGGAAGUGUUUGGACAUUCUACGACAAUGGUUUUAUUGAAUAGAAAAUGCAUCUGUUUGGUUGAUGUAACUUUUGGUUUAUGUUAAGUCUGUGACAAUGGUGGCAUGUAGUCUUAAGAAAUAUUAAGACAAUGGUUCUUUCUAUGUUUCUA